GCUUUUCCUCCAAAGCCCCACGACGUGGAAAUCACUAUAACUCCAGAGCCCAAUGUCAAGGUUGAACAUUCUACAGCUUUUCCUCUAAAUCCCCAUGAGGUAACACUUCUACGUCCUCACCAGGGGACUACAAAUCCUCCUCCAAAACCCCCAGAGACAACAUUUCCACAUCUAGAGCUGGAAACUACAAAUCUUCCUCCAGAGCCCCCUGAUGUGACAUUUCCACGUCCAUACCAAGAGACUACAAAUCCUCAAAUCAACCACGAGGAAACUUCAGUCAUGCCUCAAAAUUUUGAAGUGGAAAUUACCAUAACUUCAAAACCCAACAUUGAUGUUGCGUCUUCUCAAACCUUGCCGGGGAAGCCAAUUCAGCUUCCAGAGCCAUAUAAAGAGAUUAUAGCGAAACCUCCUGUAUAUUAUGAGAUUACACUUCCAACAAUAAGUACAGCUCUGGUGUCGGAGUCAUCUAGUGUUGGAGUUCAACCUCCAGACGUGACAAUUACCCUGACUGCACUACCCAGUGUGGCAACUGAAAGUUCUACAACUCCUACAACUCUUUCAACAACUGAAACAACUUCACAGCAAACAAAUAUGACUGAAUUCACAAUUCCACAAGUGGAGCCAGACCAAACCACAACUCAUUUCCCCGAAAUUUAUGCCACAGAAAAGGAAGAAAAUGUCACCAAGAACACUAAUAUAUGUGAGCUCUGUACCUGCCAAGAUGAGACACUGUUGUGUGUUGGUCUCGCCCCAAUGCAGAAACUCCACCGAGUGCCUGUGCUAGAGCCCUACAGCUACAAUGGCACCUUCACAGUCUUGAAUUUCCAAGGAAACGUUAUUUCUUACAUUGAAGAAAACAUAUGGAAAUCCUACCGUUGGGCAGAGAAACUAAUUCUCAGUGAAAAUUCCCUGACUGAAUUACACAAAGAUUCCUUUGAAGGCCUGCUAUCCCUCCAGUAUUUAAACCUUGGUUGCAAUUUACUCACAGAACUGGGCUUUGGAACAUUUCAGGCAUGGCAUGGACUGCAGUUUUUACACAAGUUAAUUCUCAGUCGUAAUCCUCUGACAACUGUUGAAGAUUCAUAUCUUUUUAAAUUGCCAGCAUUAAAAUAUCUAGACAUGGGAACAACUCAAGUAUCGCUUUCGACAAUUGAGAAUAUCCUCCUGAUGACUCUUGAAUUGGAAAAACUGAUCUUACCUAGCCAUUUGGCCUGCUGCCUCUGCCAGUUUAAAAAUAAUAUUGAAGUUGUCUGCAAGACAGUGAAGCUGCGAUGUGACAGUGCAUGUCGGACAAACAAUACACGUUGCCUUCAAGAUGCAUCUGUAGGGAAUGCAGAAGGAUCAUUCAUGAAGGUGUUACAGGCCCGGAAGAAGAACACUAGCACUGAGCUUUCUAUUGAGCCUGAAAAGCCAGCUUCAGAUAAAAAUGGUGUCACCUUUUCGGGAUUCUUAAAUGAACAGCUAGACUUCAAUGAUGAAAGUGAUGUUAUAAGUGCAUUAAAUUACAUAUUGCCAUAUUUCUCAGAGGGAAAUCUAGAAGAUGUAGAGUCAACAUUAUUACCAUUCAUUAAACUGCUUUUUUCAAACGUACAAGAUGGAGGUAAUGCCAUGGAAUAUUUGAAGAACAAUACAAAUAACUCCUCUCUUUCAACUGAAUCCAACAAUUCAACUUAUAAAAACAAAUUAAAGAAGCUUUAUUUUCUGGAAAAUUUGUUAGAUGCAGAAAUUCAGGAAAAAAUUGAUGAGGUGAAAAAAAAAGAAAAAACUGCCAUGCUUAUGCAAUCUAGGCUUUUAGGUCCCAAAUUUAAACGCCAAAUCUUUCAAAAGAAAUUGGAAACUGCCCAACCACAGGAAAAUAGCCUAGCAGAGAUUGAGAGUAUAGAGAAAAGGCUGCAGAGAGUGAACAGAGUCCUCAAGGGGCCAAAGGGAAUAUGGAAAAGACACUUCAAUGAAAUGAGAAAACAGAGUAUGGGAAGGAAACAGAGUUCCCGGGCACUUGUGGAGAAUGUUGCCCAAGAAAGCAGGCUCAGGAGACCAAUCCCAAGGGAACUAGAGCAGCUUCACAAGGUGCGGAGGCCCAGGAAGUUAGUGGGAAACUCCCUCCUGGACGCUUCAUUUACAAAUGAACAUAAGGCAGCAGUCUCUUCUUUUUUGAAACAAUACUCCUUGGGCAAAUCUCCCACCUCCGCCAUUUCAAAAUUAAAGCCUGAGAUUAGAAACAAAACAAAAGAUUUAACCUACCCCCUUUUUGUUUUAGAAGAUGCAAAUGCUCGAGUUAAAAGCAUGAAGGCUGAUAAACCAGUCAUACGGUCCAAAAAAACUCACAGCUUUCAUAAAACUUACCCUCUUGCAGCCCACAGAAUACCCAAGGCCAAAGUGAGUCGAAAGUUCAGAAAGGAUAAUUUGCACAAUAGACUGAUGCUUGCAAAGAGGCCCCCAUUCUCUGCAAUAAGGAGCCUCAUAAAUUCCCCCCCACGAGGGGCCUUUUCAUCUUUAGGAGACCUGAAUUCUCAGGAGAAUCCUUUCUCAAGAUUAUAUGCUCUUUCAGAACCUAUAGAAAGUGUUCCUGCAGAAAACAAUACUGCAAAAAUUCCUCCUGAAAAAACUAUUUUUGAAGCAAACAUUACUGUGUUGGAUGAACCCACCUCUGAAAAUGCAACCUAUGAAAACGCCGCUGCAGAGGCUGUAGAUUCUGCUGUGACUCCUUUCAACAUAAUGCCAACUGUUCAACAAACCAAUGAGACACAAUGGGAAUACCUCAACGCGAACACUGACUCACAACCCAAGCCUGAAGACUUAUCCAACCCAUUGACGGCAUCCCCAGGUGAUCAGUUUGAAAUUCAGCUAAACCAGCAACUUCGGUCCCUCAUCCCCAACAAUGACGUGAGAAGGCUCAUUUCUCAUGUUAUUCGGACUUUGAAAUUGGACUGCUCUGAGCCCUAUGUGCAACUGGCCUGUGCCAAGCUCAUCUCCAGAACAGGCCUCCUGAUGAAGCUUCUCAGUGAGCAGCAAGAAAUCAAGGUGUCCAAGGCCGAAUGGGAUACGGACCAGUGGAAAACUGAGAACUAUAUCAAUGAGAGCACAGAAGCCCAGGGUGAUAACAAAGAGCAUGAGGAGACAAGUGAGCUCACAAAAGGAGUCCCAGGAUAUGGUUAUAACAACAAACUCAUCUUGGCAAUAUCUGUGACUGUAGUGGUGAUGAUUUUGAUUAUAAUUUUCUGUCUGAUUGAGAUUUAUUCCCAUAAAACAGCAUCACAAGAUGAUAAAGAAAAGUCCUCAAGGAGCUUUUUCGGGUUUCUGUGUAGGAGAAGCUCAACGGAAAGUGAAAAUCAGGAGGGCUUUUUCUGGUUAAGGCGGCCACUUUGGCUUAGGGAUAUGUACAGACCUCUCAAUGCCACACGUAAGAAAAACAUGGCACAGAAGCUACAUGACAAGGACUCCUCUGAUGAGGAUGAGAUUUUCAAUAAGGAUGCUGGGGAUGAAGCCCCAUCACAGACCUCUGCUCCUCCUGAGGGUGGUGAAGAGGGUGGAGAGUAAAUCUGUCUUGCCUCAAGCAACUGGCAAAUUUUAUUUUCUAAUAUUGGCUUCUCAUCAGUGCUUGUAAAAUACUUAUUUUUCUCAUAUUAAAAGGUACAAAAUUCACAACCAAUCCUAGCCAUGUGGUAAAAAGUAACAUGUAAGUAGUUAAAGUAACAUGUAAGUAUGUGUGUAUAAACAACAAGGGCAUAGGCAAGAAGAGCUGUUCUAGAGCUAGAAUCCUCUAUGGCAGCCAUGCUUCAGUAAGAGGCAGUGUGUGCAGAGUUGGAAAGAGCUUCUAGGCCUCAUGCCCCAGUGUAAAUAAUCAUCUUCAGAAGGCAGAAAACACAUCAUCAUCUUCAAGGAGUGUGGAUUUCUAAAUAAAAUACCAGUUGUUCUGGUGCA